CUGCAUAUGAACAGGACAAGUGACCAUGUAAAUCAUGUGAUAAUUGCAAUUGAAUUAUUUCUGCUAUAUUUCUAUACUAUUAUUUACACCUGUGGUAUUAGCGUAUGAACUUCUACUGGAGGCUUAUUAAGUCUAUUGUUUAUAAUUUUAAUCGCCGUUCAGUGUUGAGGAACGCCUUCGUUCUUGCUGUGUUCAGAGUAACGUGAUGGCAGCGGCUUUUGCAGACAAAAUAGAAGAUGGACUCCAGUGCAACAUACAUUUGGGUAUAUUAAAGGAUACCAAAAUCCUACCAUGCCAUCAUACAUUUUGCGAAAGGUGCUUAGAUGAUUGGAUUGCGCAAAAGAAAGGCGUCCUUAUAUGCCCUUUGUGUAGCACUAAUCAUGGUCCAUUUCCAAAUGGAGCGAAAACACUUCCAACAAAUUACCAACUCGAACGUGUACUUGAGGUUAUGAACACAGAAUCAGAGAAGCAUGUAUGUGCAAGACAAAAUCAUAAGGUUUUUGCAUUCUGUAGCACAUGCUUGGAGUGUGUAUGCCAAGCAUGUCUGAAAAAACAUCAAUCCCACUCAACUCAAAACCUGGAUACAAUCAGCCAAGAGCUAUCACAUAAACAGAAAAUCUCGAAAAAUUCUCUACAACGAGCACAAGAGGCAUAUGGCCAGCUGAAACAAAAUGAACAUAUGGAGAAAGAAAUGCUGGCUGUCUUUAGAGCACAAUGUAUAGAUGCUGUGAACGCAUUUUGUGACAAAGCUGUAGAAGAAAUAACAAUAGCCGUUGAUAAAAAAUCCUCGAUAUUGAAAAAGCAAAUGGCUGAAUUUGAAGAAUUACACAACGAAUAUAAAGAAGGGGAAACUAUUAUAAAUACCAUUUCAAAGGAGUCUGUAGAUCCACCAGAAGACGUACAGAAAAUGUGGGACCAAUUAAUGACCAUCAAAUCUCUAUCAAACACAUCAAUUGGUGUCGAAAAUCCUUUCCUCAGAUACGAAAUCGAGAACCCUUUUAAUAUCGAAAAUAUAUCCGCUGGCAAGUUGAUGCUUGGAACAUCUGCAGAUGUAUCUUUAUCGAAGAUAGUUGUGAAUAGGGAUGCCGAAUCCGUGGAUGCAAGUGUGUAUAUAUCAGUGAAUCUGCAAGAUUCGCAAAAGCAAGAGGUUUCUUAUGGAAAAGAAGAUAUUGUUUUGAGGGUUAUACAGCCCGACUUGUCCAAAGGCAAUAUUCAAAAUACAGACGGCUUGUACGUAUUUGUUCCCACAAUGAUUGGUGAUCAUAAGAUCCACGCUUACAUUUAUGGAAGAGAAUUGUAUAAUUCUCCCUAUGAUUUGAGAGUCUCCCCAACAUUCAACCAGAAAUCAGAAAAAUUUGGCAACGUCAAAUACAAAGCGGCCCAUGACGUGAUUGAGUAUAAAGAUGAAAUCUACGUAACUGACAAAGGAAACAAUCGCAUUGUCGUCAUUGGUAAAGAUGGUGUACUGCGACGGGAAUUUACUUUUAGGCUUAGGGACAUGGUUCACGACUUCGACCCGUUUGGAAUAACAAUUUCCCAAAAGGGUGUUGUGCACAUGACAGAUAUGCGUAAUCACGAAGUAUUCUUGUCUGAUACGAAUGGUAACUUACUUAAAAGAUUCGGCAAAUCCAGAUUGAAGAAACCAAAUGGAAUUGCAUUAAAGGACAAUGGUGACAUACUUGUUGUGGACUAUGGUAAUCACCGUAUCUGUGUGUUUGACCAAACGGGUGUAUUUAAAAGAUAUUAUGGAGGCCAAGGUAAGGAUUUUGGUCAAUUUUUUCACCCGUGGUUUAUUGAUAUGCAGAGCAACAACAGCUGGGUCGUGACAGAUUGUAAAAAUUUCCGUUUUCAAAUUAUCCUCCCCAAUGGAAAUGCAAGGCCUGUGCCUGUGACUGUAUACGAUAAGGGAGCAUUGGUUAGAGGUGUGACAGUUGACCCUAAUGACAACAUCAUAGUUAGUGUACAAGCAAAGACAUAUGGCAGGUAUUAUCAUGUGCUGAUGUACAAUUCAGACGGUGUAUUUCGUGGAUGCAUUUCAAAGGAAAAUGUUCUUUUGCGACCACGUGGGAUGUGUGUUACUAAGAUAGCAACUGAUGAACAAGUUCUUCUAGUUGCUGAUGAAACUGGAGUUUUGCAGUUUCGUUUGAUCUGAAGAUAUUUCAAUGCAUAAUUAUUUAAUUAUUGCUAUUGUUUUGUUAAAGUGACAGGCAGUCCUUAUACAAUAUAUACAGUAUAUAUUAUUGUUAUAACUUUAUUAAGACUAUAUAAUUUAAACACAUCUUAGAUGUUUAUAAUCUUUUUAUUGUAGUUUCUGUAUAUACCGUCAGUUAUUCUAUCUCAUUUCUAGCAGCCAAUUUUGUUUCAUACCGUUUUUUAUUGCAUGAAACACAAUUAAAAAAAAAGAAAUUGAAACUUAUUACUCAUCGGUUUUGUGGAAAUUAAUUAAAGUUCACCUCAGUUCAUUUCAUUUAACAGGCACGCCAACUACCGUGUAUUGCCAGAUAACAAAUGGCUGAAUAGCGCCAUGUCCGAUAAGAGUAAUUUUGGCCUAGUUGUGCAGUAUACAUGUGCUCCUAUAUGAGCCUAUUUUGUUUUUCAAACAUAUUGACCUUAUUUCAUUGCCGAUUUCUUUAAAAAAUAUUGUCAUCGAAAGGUGCCUGCUUUAAUGCACUAUAUUCCUAUUUCAUUCUACUAAUAUAAGAUAAGAUAAAAUAAAACAAAAUUUAGAAUA